AUGUCGCAUGAUAAGGACCAACUUAUCCAUUCCCUUCGAUCUCACCGUGUCAACACUCUCAUGGAAAUUCGCAGAAUUGAGAAAGCUCUCGUUCCGACAGGUAGCCCUGAUAUCUACGAGCCGCUGGCCUCGGCCUGGCUACACUUUGUCAACUCGAACAAUCUCCUUAACGAGCUACGCAGCCUUACCAAGGACUAUCCGUUUAGCUCUGAGUGUCUAGACGAAGCCAAAGCUCUAGUCCUUCAGGACCCAUCAAGCUCACGAAGCUGGAAUUAUUGCUGGCUAGUUCUUCAAAAGAUCCAUGACCAACAACUGAUCUCAAAGCAUGCAUGGGCAGCUGCCGCAAAGCCGGAAAUGUGGGGCGGCUGCACGCCGGACGCUGGAGCUAUGGAGAGCCUUGCAAACGUUUUGCUGAAUGAAUGGGCUCGAGUAGUGCAUUUGAUGCUACGCCAUUGGGAGAUUCCACCAAUCCGAUAA